ACUGGUGGUACUCAAAUAUUGUCAUGUCCUAAAAGUGGUACAAUCUGUGAAAAGGUUGAAAAGCCCUGAUCUAGUGAACUUUAUUGAUGUAUUUGAUAAACAUUUGGAUAUGAUUAAGUCAGUUCUGAAUGUAUCUUUACUAGAUUAUUUUGUUAAGCGAAUGAAAUAAGUUUUUCUGAUUCAGUUAUAUCAUCUAUAAUGGGAGAGUACUGAAGCAUUUAGUCAAAGUCUAAUUAUCCCUGUGCCUUGCAAGAAAAAAAGCAAUGGUUAGCUAAAUAUUUAGAGGAGAAAUAGAAAGAAUCAACUGUAUAUCCAUUCUACCUCAUGACCCAUCUACAAAUUUGGUCAUUGCUAAAUAGGAAUUUAGCCAGCUUUUUGUUUUCAAAGCAGAAUUUUAAUUAUAUGGUACCAAACAAAGGGAAUGAAAAAAAGAAGACUCAGAUACCAAGCUUUGGGAUUUAAACACAGCAACGGCAUAAUUGUGUACCAUCUAUUUGGGAUAUGGAUGGGAAAUUUAUAAAGAUUCCAAAUCUAUUAAUCAGUUGUGUUCUGAGUAUUAGUCUAAGCAAUAUUUUUCUAAUUUCUCAUUAAUAGAAACUAUCUGUUUCCUGGUAUGGACAGCAGCAAUUACUAUAUCUUCUCUGCAGUGACAAAUCAGGCAGGCUUAGUGAGUGGAGCUUCUUAAAGAUUAUGAUUAUACACUAUAAAGUUUAGAAAGAAAAAAUACAAAAGAUGUAGCGAGAGGCAAAACAUAAUGUUUUAAAAACUCAGCAUUUAAAUACAGCAUUAUACAGUUUUAUUGAUUAAUCUACAAUGCAAUAAGGAGCCAUUUUGUAAAACUAUCGAUUCAAGGUAAUAAAUUUAUUAUAAAAUCCAUUGUAAACGAAUGAUCUUUUUUGCUACAACCCAUGCUUGAUAAAUCCAUAGUUCAUCAUAUACUGAUAUAUUAUACAUGUUGGUAUAUAAUUCAAUACUCUAAGAAAUACAUUUAAUAUUCUUUAUGACUAAUACAGUUAAAACUUUUGAACAAAAUUGUGAAAUCAUCUUUAAAUUGAAUAUAUCACUCAUUUGCUAUUUUAAACAACUCAAAUUUACAUUGUGAGAACAACUGAAAAGUUUUAAAAUCUUAACUGGCAAUAAUCUGAUCAGUAUUGAUACUGCUUAUUUGUCCAUGACUUUAAAAAAUUAUCAGUCCCAGCAUCUCCCAAAUAUGCUUUAUAGCUUGGAAUGAUGGAAAUGCAGGGGAAAUUUGACAAAAAACAAACCUUCUAUCAAGGUAUCAGAAGCAUCGCCUAAUACUUUUCUUACUGCACUCAUAAUGGUUUUUAGAGUUGAUCAGCUUGAUAGGGAGAAUCUAUAAAAUGCAAAAUGUGUGCUCAGGGAUAAAACUGUAAGACAGGAAAGUUCUAAAAAAAAAUCCACUAUCAUAAUACCUGUAAUUUUUAUAAUAUUUUUUUUCUUUUAAGCAGAUACUCCAUUGUUCUCAUUCAUUCUUGGUUCUCAGAAAGGCCCAAUCACUAUUAUUGUGCUCCUUCAUUUCAUAUCUCAUAUCACAUUCAUUCAGAAUGUUGCACAAUUUUGCCAAAAACUAAUCACUGAUUCUUUAUUAUCAGCAGAAGAGUCAUAGGUGCCUAGUAUAAACUAGUGACAAAAAUGAUUAAAUGUGUGUGCUAUGCAAACCCAAGCUUUUCAGAUUUGUGCCCUAAUUAGGUGCAACUAUGUUUAUUGUUCAUUUGUCAUCAAAAAUGUAUCCCUGAUUAUCAUAUUUUUUAUAUUUUUAUAUACUAAUGUGGGUGGAUUAUCAGAACAAAAAUAUAUCUACAUACUUUCUUUUUUCUUAGUUUCACAAAUAUCUACUUUUAUUUCUUACAUUUCAUUCAUUAAUUCACACACUUCAUAUACACCUCUCACAUUCCAAAUGGCCAUCUUCCAUAUGCCAUUGUUGUCACCAGAUAGUCCUAUAGAUAAGUGUUUGUGAUGCCACCCAUCAUGGCUUUACUUAAACUUGGUUUUCAUAUGCAGUACCCUUUUUUUAACUAAGUUACCAACCUUGUAAAAGUCACCAGUUUCUGUUCUGAAAUUGCAGUAAGUUACACAAUCCUUACCAAACUCAUGUUUUUUUUUCAUUUUCACAGUUCAGUUCUACAGUAUGUAAACUGUAGCUCUCUCCAGUCUAUAAAUUCUUACUUUUGUACUAAUUCAUAACAAUCUGAUAUCAGUUCAAACCUCUGGCAGGCAUUUUACCCUCUUUGUUUUAUAAUAAAGCCUAUAGAGCAGCGGUUCUCAACCUGUGGAUCGCGACCCCAUUUGGGGUUGAAUGACCAUUUUACGGGGGUCACCAAACAAUGUGAUCUGCAAUUUUUUUUCGUCAGCUGGCGCAGGGGGUGGUGCCGCGCAUGUGCGCCGCCUGCGUAUGACCGGCGCCGCCGUAUAAAAAGGUUGAGAACCACUGCUAUAGAGUAUCUUCACUUUCAUAUUAAACAUUUCAUAUUAAUCAUUUUGCUACACGACUGGGUUAUAUUCAGAUGUUUCCUUCCUGUUUUCCUUUAUUUUACAAAAAACUUCUAAAGAAAGUUAAUGGAUCUGAGUUGACAGUAGCUAAUUAAAGAAAGGUAUGAUGGAUCAGUUAAAAAAACCCAACUCUGACUUUUAUUUUGAAAAAGUGCUUGAAAUUUUAAGAAAUUGCCGGAAAGAGGAAACUGUCAAUACAGUAAUGCUUUCAUAGAAGGCUACAUAUGUCAAGAUGGACAUAUGGGCUAAUCACUUCUGAACUUUGAAACUCCCAUCUCCUUCAGUCUUUGUUCCCAGUGAAAGGAUGUAUGGCAUGCAGUAACAGUGAAAUAUAAAUUGCUUGCCACAGUUCGAAUUCUCCUUGUUAGGCAUUGUCUGCGGUUUUGCAUUUUAAUAAAAUUCCUACAUUUCCAUAAUCAAAGUUUUUACAUUGUCAAGAAAAUUAGCAAAUGGGAAUUCUUUUGUUUUAGCUAAAACAACUUGUAAAAUCCCAUGUAUAUAGCCUGCUCUCUGGCAGUACAAAUAUGUGUAAUUUAUCUGGGAGGUGGAGCAAAGGAUUUUUUAAAAUUUAUUUUUAUUUUUUGCAUUUGAUAAUAUGAAAGUCCAUACUUGUACCUUGGUGUCAAAAUUUGUUGACAAAUCAAUAUCAUGUCAUGAUAUUGGAGCUGGGUUAAUAGGAUUCUUCUUGUGAGAGAAACACAUGAUUUUUAAGUGUUAGACUUUAGAGAUGCAAUCUGUAUGUGAGCUAUACAAAUCAUUUAGAAUCUUUCUAAAUGUGACAUUUGGUUGAGACUCAGCAAUAAAUAUUUGCCUUUGAAUUUCAGUCUUUGUCGGGUGAGAAUAAAGGAGCUUUGCAAACCACAGAUACGAGGAAAAGCUCCCAUUUCUUUCUUUCUCCAGGAACAUUCGUUUCUUUUUGUUUUUUAAAGUCCUUUGCUCCGAGCAAGGAAAGAUCAAAGCCUUAGUAGUCAACAUUCUUGAUAAGGUUGGUAUUACGGGAUUAAAUAAAAAUCCUCCUUUCAGCUUUUAAUCGUUUCUUACUUUACUGAUGUUGGAUCCCUGCUGCCCAGUAAACAUUAUCGAUAGUGCAUGCUGUAUGGCUACUUCGGUAUACAAAAUAACCACAACAGAAGGCCAACCUGCAGUUCAACAAUCAGCACGCCACUUUUUCUUUCCAAUCUCCUUGGCUUCCAGAGGAAAAGUGCUCGCUCCGCCUAUCCUUUUGCUGCGCAGGCGCCCGCAGUUCCCAACACGCUUGUGCCCCGAAGCAGAAUGCUGUAGUGAAAAUGGCUGCGCCUGACACUGUACAUUCAGAUGAGGAAGAACUUGGACUGGAACCUAGACUUCAUGAUACUCCUGAAGACAUUUUCUUUGAGGCAGCAGCAAAUACCAUUGACUUUCACCCCUCCCAGGACAUCAUAGCUAUUGGAGAUGUUGAUGGUGAUGUCUAUGUAUACUCAUAUUCCUGUUUGGAAGGCGGAAACAAAGAACUUUGGUCCUCAGGUCAUCAUUUAAAAUCCUGCCGGAAAAUAUCCUUUUCACAAGAUGGACAAAGACUUUUCACAGUGUCCAAGGAUAAGUCCAUUCAUAUCCUGAAUGUGGAGGAAGGCCGUCUUGUGACACGAUUCUCCAAGGCUCACAACUCAGCUUUGAACAGCCUGUUGGUGAUAGAUGAGCAUUUGUUUGCCACAGGAGAUGACAGUGGAGUGUUGAAAGUAUGGGACCUGCGCAAGGGCACGUCCAUCAUGGAAAUGAAGCAGCAUGAGGACUACAUCAGUGAUAUGAUCAUAGAUAGAAACAAGAAGCUGCUUCUCACUACCAGUGGAGAUGGAACAAUGGGAGUCUUCAACAUUAGGAGAAGGCGUUUUGAGCUUCUCUCAGAACCUCAGAAUGGAGACUUAAUGGCUAUAUCUCUGAUGAAAAGGGGAAGGAAAGUAGCCUGUGGCUCCAGUGAGGGAACAAUUUACCUCUUCAACUGGGAUGGUUUUGGCGCCACCAGUGACCGUUUUGCACUGAAGGCAGAAUCCAUAGACUGCAUGGUUCCCAUAACUGAGAGCAUUGUGUGCACAGGUUCCACUGAUGGAAUCAUUAGGGCAGUAAAUAUCUUGCCCAAUCGAGUGAUAGGAAGUGUCGGGCAGCAUAUGGGUGAGCCUGUUGAACAGCUGGCUAAAUGUCAUACAGGCCAAUUCCUGGCCAGUUGUGCCCAUGACCAAAAAGUGAAAUUCUGGGACAUCUCUUCACUUAGUUCAGUGAUUGUGGAUGAUUAUAGAAAAAAGAAGAAAAAUAAGCAACUGAAGCCUUUAAGUCGCAAAGCAUUUGGCAAUGGGGAAGAUUUCUUUGCAGACUUGAAAGCGGUGGCAGCAGACUUGGAGAAAGAGAAUGAUGGACUUUCUGAGACUGACAGCGACUGAAAGACACACACUGAUCCGAUUAGAGGCUCAUUUCUCCGAAAGGACAUUUUGGAAAAGCUCAGCUAUGCUGCAUUUUCAUACUGAAGAAUAAGCUUCAGGGUAUUUAAAUUUGUGCUCUGUGGGCAAAGUUUUGAUAGCCUAAUAAAACUAAUAGCACAGAAGAGAGCUAAGAAUUUUCCUAGCUCUGGGAGACAGGGGAGAAAGGGGAAAUGAAAUGUCAUUAUAUGUGGACAGUUAGAAUAAGGGGGGAAAAAUUAUAUAUCAAAAGAGUUUUCCUUGCAAAGGCCACAGGUCUAUUUCCUCCAUGGAGUGAUGCUUUUAUUUUGCCACACAAAAUAUUUAGGAAUCAGGCUAUUGCUCCACCUCGCAAGUGGAUUCCAUUUCAUUGCUAUGAAACAAGGAUAUCUCUUAAGCUCAGAAGAAAACAGAUUUAAAUAAUGAAUUGAUGUUCAUGACGGAACCUUGGGGAUUUCUAAAUUAUUGUUUUUCUGGGGUUUUAUUUAAAGAAGAAAAAUAGGAUAAUUCCACAUAUGAAGAUGCAUCAAUUUAAUAUACAGGUAAUCCCUGAGUUAUGAGCAUUCACUUAACGCUCGUUCAAAGAUAGGUGAUGAGCACCCCCUAGUACUUACGAGCAAGUCCCAAAGUUAAGAAUAUUGCAGCAUCAUGCAAGUCGUUCGCCCUUACGAGCGACUGCAGUGUCCCUGCAACAUUCACCCUAGUUAUUCCCUCCCUCCCGACCCGCGCCCGGGUCUCCCUAGGCACCAGGACUUCAAUACUCACCCUGUGAAGAUCAAGAUCCUUUGCGUUUUUGGCUGCUCCAGGCCUUUGGUGCAUUCGCAGAGAGUGAAGGUCUAAAGUAACGAGAUCAGUGGGGUGAGAUCUCACGCUACUGAUCUCGCGUGAUCUCAUGGCACCCCCCCCCCCCGAUGGCCCGAUCUGUGCUCUGGAGGCCUUUUCCAGAUUGUUGUGGCCUGGAUCUAAGGUCGAGGAAGGCUUUUGCGCCCCCCCCCCAUGGCCCGAUCUGAGCUCAGGAAGCCUUUUCUUGGCCAAUUGGGCCAUGGGGGGGUGGUUGUGGAAAUGUUCCCCAACCUCAAAUCCAGGCUGCAGCACCCUGGAAAAGGCAUCCGAAGCCUGGAUCGGGCCACCGGGGGGGGGGGGGCUGUGGAAGCGUUCUCCGGCUUCAAAUCCAGGCUGCAUUGCCCUGGAAAAGGCCUCCAGAGCACGGAUUGGGCCAUGGGAGGGGGGGUUGCGGAAGCGUUCCCAGGCCUCAAAUCCGGGCUGCAGUGCCCUGGAAAAGGCCUCCAGAGCCCAGAUUGGGCCACACGGGAUGAGUGGAAGCAUUCCCUGGCCUCAAAUCCGGGCAGCAGCAGGAACCAUAGCAGAUAGGAGAUGGAUCUUUUCCAGGUGAGUCCGCCAUGGCAGGGAGGGGGAGGGGGAAGCAUGUGGUAUCCUAGUGGGUUGGGCAGGCCUUGGGGGCCUCUUCCAGCACUAGGCCCUCCAUGGCCUUCCCUACCCUGAGAUACCUCAUGUUUGCUUAACGAGCUGCAUGUGUUUUAAUGAAAAGGAGUGAUCUCGGACCUCGAAUGAGAUUCACUGUGAGUUUUCAAUUUACAAGUAGAAUGGGCAGGCUCCAUUCCACUUGUAACUCGAGGACUACCUGUAUUUGUGAACUACCUCAAGUGAAUUACGGUCAACAACCUGUUUGGUCUAGUGGUUAAGGCACCAGGUUAGAAACCAGGAGACUGUGAGUUCUAGUCCCAUUUUAGGCAUGCAAGCCAAAGACUCACAGUUCAAUACACAUCACAGAGUUGUGAGUAAAACGAGAAGGAGUCUUGUACAUGUUCUCUGCCUUAUAUUUUAUGAAAAUAAUAAAGAUGAGAUACAAAUAAAAGUUAAAUACAAAAUAUCAAUUUAAGCCCUGUAAAAUAAGACUAGGUUUAAAAGGGAAGAAGGAAAACAAAAAUCCUUUCUUACAGGAUUUAGGCAGGGGAUAUAUUGGUGAAGGAGAUAGAACAUAGAAUAAUAGGGUUGAAGGGACUUUGGAGGUUUUCUAGUCCAACCUGCCCAUUGCAGGAGAUCCUAUACCAUUCUGGACUUUGCUUGAUGAAAUGGAUAUGUGAUCAUAGAAAGAAUAACAGUUGAAAGGGACCCCGGAGAUCUUCCAGUCCAACCUCCACCCACCUAAGCAGGAGAUGGUCCACUAUUCCCUCCCAUGAAUUGGCACCUCGUCAAUUCCAGUGGAUAAUAGUUGAAGGUACCGUAAGAGACCCUUUGAUUAUGUAGUGGACCUUAUUUGAAUGAGGUUAACUUUGCUUGCUCUUUUUUUCCUUGGUUUGUUGUGCUUGUGGGUACUCUCAUAUCCAGAGAUUUUGUGCUCACAUUUCCAUACUUUAUGUCAGCUGAAAAUGCUGCCAUUGAAAUGUCAUCAUUUCGCUGUGAAUUUUUAAGUAUGAUCUUAAGGUAUUUUGAGUUUUGCAAUAGGAGGCUAGGGUGCUUAGAGCUGCCAACCACUAUUCUGGAGGAAAUAAGAACUAGCCAAUACAGGAUAAAACUUGGUUGUGUUUAAUGUACCUAUAUCAGGGGUCCCCAACCCCUGGUCCGUGGACCGACACCGGGCUGUGGCAUGCCAGAAACUGGGCUGUGCAAACAAGCAAAGCAUUAUCCACGGAUGCAGGCAGUACAUGAAACCACGCCCCCUCCGGUCCACAGAAAAACCUUUCUCCAAGGAACUGGUCCCUGGUGCUCAGAAAGUUGGGGACCUAUAUGACAACAGCAAACAUUUGAGUUUUAUACUGCAUAUUUAAAUGAAAUUGCAGGAAGUCCUCACUUAUUGACUGCCUCAUUUACUGACCACUUGUAGUUAUGCAUACCACUGGUGGUACUUUGACAUCUGUCAGGUGGUAGUGAGCUAGACGAGUGUAGUGGGGGGAUGAGCUGAACUGGCCGCAGCAUCGCACAGGGCUGGGGGAAGGUCAGCUGGAGCUGUGGUGUUGUUAGGCUCUGCUGAGGCCCCAGCGAUGCUAGAGCUCUCCUUGAGCCCCAGAAAGUGGCGCCCCUGGGAAAAGGAGGAUAGGAGAGGAUAUAAAAGGAGGUUUUAGUGGGAGAGGGAGAGGAAAAAAAGAUGGAGGGGAUGGAGAAAGAGGGAGAAGAGGAGAGGCUUCUGUGAGAAGCAGAGGGAUCAACGAAGGAGUAGAGGCUGUGAAAGGGAACAGAGAGAGGAAGAAGGGUCGACCAACCACCUGACCACCAAGGUAGUGGUGCAUAUUAAUAAAUAUGGAUAAAUUACUCAUACGUUUGUCAGUGCAAAGGGAAAGUGAUUCAGCAAAGGAACCGCCACCAAAGAAAUUAAAGCCAGCAUUUCCCCCCCCCUUUUUUUGGGUUAUCAGGUUUCUGACACCUUGCUAAGCACUGGUGGUACUCAAAUAUUUUCAUGUCCUAAAAGUGGUACAAUCUGUGUAAAGGUUGAAAAGUAUUGAGUUAUGGUAUUAAAAAUGGUUUUGUGACCAAUCCUUGCAUUACUGAGUGUCGUAGUAGCCCAUGUUCAUGUAAUCAGGAUUUGGGCACUUUGCAACUGGCAUGCAUUUAGAACUAUGAUAGCAUCCCACAGUUACAUAAUCACCACUGUACAUUUUGUUUGUGACAAGCAGAGUUAAUAGGGAAGGUAAAAGUAAAACUGUAAUGAGAUCUUUUGACUGGCACUUAGCAACUAGCAUGCAGAACCUACCAUCCCCAUGAGAUUCAUAUAAGGAGGGGUUCCCCCCUUAAAAACAGACCGUGAGAGCAGCACUCCUGUCUAGAACAUUGGCCACACCUUUGCUUGUGGAAAACAUGUUUGUGCAGAUAUUCAGCCUUUUUCAGGAUAGCUACUUGUAUGAGCAACCUCUGCUUUGUAUUAUGUAUGUUAUUUUGAACUUUUUGUAAUUUAUAUAAACAAUAUAGAUGAACUGGAUGGAAUAAAAGUACUAUAAAUAUCUGAAA